AUGGUGCACCCGUCAAUGAAUGACGACCAAUCUCGUGAAAUUUCAAUUACUCAUGUUGACUCAAUAUUCUGUGCCGCUCACCUAGUACCAAUGUUUGGAGACAAAUUUGUCCCGGAGCAUGUCAAUUUUCACAAUUCUUUGGACACUUAUAUGGGGUUUUAUGUCAACAGAUUUGCGGACCAUCAGGGCAACUCAUUUUCUUUUUGUAUAGUGCUGAAUUUUACUUAG